AUGGAUAAUGAUGUAGUAUUUGGUUUACAAGAAUACAUCAUAUUCGAUUCGCAGAGGCCAGGACCAUCUUCACAAAACAUGGUUGAGUCCCAACCAAAGACAGAAUAUAAAUGGAACGAAGAUGAUUCCAAGAUUUUACUUGACCUGUAUGCAAAAUACAAAUUGAAACUUGGGACAUUCGAAAUUAAGAACACCAAAGUCUUGUGGAUAAAGAUUUCUGAACAGAUGAAGGAGUUUGGAGUCAUGGUAACUCCAAAUAAUUGCCUCAAUAGAUGGAGAGUCCUUGAGAGGAACUAUAAAAAAUUUGUAUACAACCAAAAUAAAACUGGGGAACAGAAAGAGGAAGGGCAAAACGAUGAAAAUGUGGCCAUGGAACAAACAUCUGAAGUUAACGUAACACCGAAAGUACUGCAUGCACCUGCUCACCCUAAGGCAAGUAGGCUUAGUAGCCUAAAAGAAACGAGGAAAAGUGAACUCGAAAAAACUAGGACAGACAGGGCCACAUAUUACAAAGACAGACUGCAAUUGGAACGGGAUAAACUAGAGAAAAUAAAAAUUCGCAAUGCUCUAAUUCAACAAAGAAAUACAAAGCUAGAAAAUAGGAAUAAGCUCCUCGAAGCUAGCAAUAAGCUACUUGAGGAGCAAAAUCAACUUUUGAGGAAGGCUGCUAAAAUUCCGAUUUUAGAAAAUGAAUUUGUACAUAGUGUAAAUAAUCAUAUUGUUAAGUAUAGUUUUAUAAUUACUGUAGUGUAUAGUUUUAAUAUUAGUGUAUAG